UUCCAUUGCUAUAUGAUGUGUCAGGAAUGGUAAAGCCCCUUUUAUAUAUCGAGAGGGCUGUGCCUACUGAUUUUUGUUAAGGUUUCACAUUACUGCAUACAGUAAAUGGUCCUACUUGAGAUACUAGAGCAGCUCCGAGGUAAAGCAGGCAGACAGCACUCAGCCUAAAAAAGGAUCUUGUUCGUGAGAGUAUCAAAUUGCAAAAUAUGAAAGUAGAGGCUGCUGCCGAACUUACAAGAGAAAAGCAGAAAGAAUUCAAGUUAAUAAGCAGGUGGGAAAGAAAAUGUAGCUGAAGGGCAAGAGGAAAAAGAAGCCUCAAGCCUCAAACCAGAGGGUUCUCUGCUUGGGAUCUGACCCUCUGGAAAACACCAUCUCACAAUGUCAAAGAAGGUUACUGGCAGCCGAGCUAAGGGAGAAAAACCUGAUGCACUGGCUGCUUUGCAAGCUGCCAAUGAAGAGCUCAGGGCCAAACUGACUGACAUUCAAAUUGAACUUCAGCUAGAAAAGACUAAGGUAAGCAAGUUAGAGAGAGAAAAAAAUCACGAAUUGAAGCAUGAACAACACAAGUCAACUGUAGUUUUGACAGAACUUAAAACUAAACUUCAUGAAGAGAAAAUGAAAGAAUUGCAUUCAGUUCGGGAGAACUUGCUCCGGCAACAUGAGUCUGAGCUUCUGCGGGUCAUCAAAAUUAAAGAUAAUGAGAUCCAGAGGCUGCAGGCCCUCGUGAAUGCCUUGCGAGAUGGAACUACAGACAAGGUGAAAACAAUUCUCUUCUCUGAAGCCAAGGAAGAAGCGAAAAGGAUGUUUGAGUUUGAAAAGGUUAGAAUGCAGCAGGAGAUUUAUGAGCUGAAGGGAGUAAAGAAACAAAUGGAAGAAGCCUUAACUUUGGCAAUACAGGCGGACAAAAUUAAAGCUGCAGAGAUCAGGAGUGUCUAUCACCUGCAUCAAGAAGAAAUCAUCAGAAUCAGAAGGGAAUGUGAAAGAGAGAUUCGUAGAUUGAUGGAUGAGAUUAAAUUAAAAGACAGAACAAUCUGCACACUGGAAAGAGAGUUGGGAGUCCAGGCAGGGCAAGCUGAAAGACUCCAGCUCCAAAAAGAUGCUUUAGAUGAACAACUUGUCCAAUUCAAAGAGGCUGAGCGACAUCUGGGUAGCCCAAAACGGGAGCUUCCAUUUGCAAGUGGUGCAGGAGAUGCUUCAGAUCAUUCAGGAAGCCCUGAACAGCAGUUGGAUGAAAAAGAUGCCCGCCGCUUCCAUCUUAAAAUUGCUGAACUGAGUGCAAUUAUUAGAAAAUUAGAAGAUCGUAAUGCUCUUCUAUCCGAAGAAAGAAAUGAACUGCUCAAACGUCUUCGUGAAGCUGAGAGUCAGUAUAAACCGCUAUUGGAUAAAAAAAGGCGACUCAGCAGAAAGAAUGAAGAGCUGAAUCACUCUCUACGUCGAAUGGAAAACAAACUGAAAUUUGUCACCCAGGAAAAUUUGGAAAUGAGGGAAAGAGUUGGAACAAUUAGACGGCCCAGCUCCUUAAAUGACCUCGAUCAAAGUCAAGAAGAAAGGGAGAUAGAAUUUCUGAGGCUACAAGUUAUUGAACAGCAAAAUAUUAUUGAUGAUCUUUCAAAGGCUUUGGAAACCGCUGGAUAUGUAAAGAGUGUCAUAGAAAGAGACAAGCUUUUAAGAUACAGAAUACAGAGAAAAAAAAUAGUAAAGCCCUGUAAGAAGCCAGUGGUGGAAACAUUUUUUGGAUAUGAUGAAGAAGCCUCACUGGAUUCAGAUGGCUCUUCAAUAUCAUAUCAAACAGACAGAACCCCUUGCACCCCUGAUGAUGAUCUGGAAGAUGGAUUAGCCAAAGAAGAAACUGAACUACGCUUUCGUCAAUUGACUAUGGAGUACCAGGCUCUUCAGCGUGCCUAUGCAUUGUUACAAGAACAAGUUGGAGGAACACUGGAUGCUGAAAGAGAAGUUAAGACUCGCGAACAACUACAAGCAGAAAUUAUUCGGUACCAAACAAGGAUAGAAGAUCUGGAAAAAACAUUGGAACAUCAGGGGCAGGAUAUGAAAUGGAUUGAAGAAAAGCAGGCACUCUAUCGAAGAAACCAAGAACUUGUGGAUAAGAUCAAGCAAAUGGAGUCAGAAGAAAGCAAGUUAAAACAUGACAUCCAAGAUGUUAAAGACCAAAAUGAGCUGUUAGAAUUUCGCAUCCUGGAACUUGAAGAGCGAGAAAGAAGAUCUCCUGCAAUUAAUUUUCAAAACAUUCCAUUCAUAGAGGGUACAAGUCCACUCCAAAUGUAUUGUGAAGCAGAAGGUGUCACGGAUAUUAUCAUAUCAGAUCUUAUGAAGCAAUUGGACAUUUUAGGAGAUAACGGCGUAAGUAACUUGACGAAUGAAGAACAAGUUGUUGUUAUACAAGCAAGAACUAUUCUGGCCUUAGCAGAAAAAUGGCUCCAACAAAUAGAAGUCACAAAAUCUGCUUUACAGCAAAAAAUGCUUGACCUAGAAAAUGAAAAGGAUCUCUUCAGUAAACAGAAAGGUUAUCUGGAAGAGGAACUGGACUACAGAAAGCAGUCUAUGGAUCAGGCCCACAAGAGGAUUCUUGAAUUGGAGGCUAUGCUGUUUGAUGCCCUACAGCAAGAAGCAGGUGCAAAAAUGUCAGAGAUUUUGUCGGAGGAGGAAAGGGAAACAUUAAAAAGUGCAGUGGAGCAGUGGAAACGGCAAGUCAUGAGUGAGCUAAGGGAACGUGAUGCACAGAUACUGAGGGAGAGGAUGGAGUUGGUUCAUCAUGCACAACAGAGAAUUAAAGAGCUAGAAGAAAAAAUAGAAGCUCAAAAACGCCAAAUAAAAGAACUGGAAGAGAAGUUUUUAUUUUUAUUUUUGUUUUUUUCUUUAGCUUUUAUUCUUUGGUCAUAGUUUUGCAAAGCAGCUGGAGAAGGGUUGUUGGGGUCCAAAACCUACUCUGGCUAUAUCAGGUUAAAGGCAAGAACGAACCUUGGAUGGGAUACCAGUCUGUUGCAGGGCUUGUACUGAAUACUGUGAAGCUUUUAACUGCCUAUUAGGACGAAAUUGUAAAGCUGAAGCUAUGAUAACUAGAGCCAACCCUGUGUUUAUCUUUUUGGAAAGAAAUGCUGAAGUCGUAUUCUGAAUACCGCUACAGCAAUUACUUAAUGAAAAAUAACAAUCCUGGCAGGACUUGUAUCUGAUGAUGAUUUUUCAAGGAAAUUUGAUUUUUUGGAUAACACAUCUAAAGAGGAGAGAUUGAAUAAAUUUAAGUGUGUAGAACCAAUGAUAUAUACACUCAUUUUCCCUGCUGAGCAGGUUGUAUUAUGAACUGCUUCUUUUUUAGGAGCAUGAAUGAAAAAGAGAAAAAAGGCAAUGGUGACUUUUUCUUUGGGUCUGUUUUAUUUAUUUUUUUACCUUAAGGUAUUCAUGCAUUUCCUGAUAAAGAGAACCCUUAUUUAUAUUAGCUAGACUUAUGUUAUGAAAAAGACUAUGAGAAACAAGUCCUUUCAAGACAUUUAUAAAGCAUGCUGCUUAAAAAAAAAUCCCAGGAAGAACUUUUAUCAUGGAAAGAAUAAUUUUUUUAGGAAACACAUUCUUACGAAGAUGUUUACCUCAAUCAAGUGGUGCUUUGACCCAACAGAAAAAGAACGCAACCUGUUAUUUUAUCCCUCACUUACAGCAGAUCCAUGGAAUCAACAUUUUAUUAAGUAUACUAAUUUUGCAAUGGGAUCAUGGGAUAAUGAGAGUCUAUUACCAAUGCAGGAAUAACAGCUGAUGAAGUAAAGAGGAAGCAGUCAAAACUCAUGCUGUAUCUGGAGUCUCUGAGUAACAAGACCAAAUAAUGGACACAAAACUUAGACGAGAGAAUCUGGUGAAGAACAACAAAAACAAUUGACUGUCAAAUACUUCAUUAGACAGAGAUAAACUCUGGAUAUUGAUUGCAUAUACAUACUGUGUAACAGGAGCAUCAUUAUAGAAAGAAAAUACCAGUUCCCUGCUGACAUGCUUUUUCAUACCAGCUGUGUAAAACUGCCAGCUAUUUUAUGAACAGUGAAGUCUAACCCACUCGAUCCUAGUUUGCUUUUACGAACUGCUGAGAGAGCCAAUUUAAGUCUACUACAUGUAAUGCCUUUUAUUACCAGCAACGAAAACACCGUUGUCCCGAAUAAAGAAUGGAUCUGCUAGAUUAAGAACCAAACCUGCAAGUUAUGUUUGCCAUCAGAGAUGAAACCCACUGGUUAUCUCAAACAUCUGAGAACUCUAAAGCAACAAGCAUUAGAUAAAAACAGCCUGGAAAAAAAUGCAUCUUAAAUUACACUAAGAGAAACAUAUAUUGAGCUAUAGUGGACAUCCAAGUAACUUGUACACGUGUUCUAAGUGUCCUGCGUUUUACAUUUUUCUUAGCUGAUUUUUUGUAUCACAUUUAAUGUUAAAAUGUUAAUAUGCUAGGGUGUCUGCUUUUGCCCUUCAUUUCUAAUGUCAGAUGUGCUUAGUUUAAGGUUGUGGUUGCCUCCUCAUUUGCACAUCCUCGAACAGUGUUUGGACUAACUGAAUUCAUUGAAUGCACUAUGCAGGCUUUUAAAAAUUGCCUUAAUUUCUAGUUAUAUUUUCUUUUUGUAACCUAUGAAGAUAUUUUCUCUCAGAAAAAUUAAAAUUUAGCACUAUACUAUAUGGAGUACCAUACACAUACACUAGAGAUGAGGGCAAAAUAAUCAGGACAGUUGAGUUUUGCAAUAUUUUUUGUUUUAAUCAGUACAUAGAAGACAAGUAUUGGGAUUCCUUUGUCCUCUUUAUUAAUACACCAUGUAUAGGUUUAGGAGUCUGUACAGCAGUGCUAAUGUUUGCCGUAUGCUGUAUUGCUGUUAUGUACUUUACUAGUACAUUCAUAGUGACAUGCCUUCCAGUAGUUUCUCUACCACAUUAGCAAGUUUUGGUUUCUAUUCUUACAGGCAGUGUACCACAAAUGUGAGCACUGCUGCAGAGUUUUCAAUACCAAACAAUCUGGACACCUUUAUGUUGUGUGUUUAGGUUCAUUUUAAUUUUCACAAUGUUACAGCAAAGAAACAGCUUCAUAUGAAAUAUGCAGUUUGCAAGAAUUGUCAUAUUAAAAUCAAGCAUCCCAGCCAACUACAAAUUAGGACUGCCUCUCCUACCCAACAGACGGGAACACUUGAAGGUGGAUUUAUAGUGAAUUCUCAAACUGGUGUGACUUCCAUGUGUUCACAAGCCCCCUUCUGAGGGUUGGUGUGCUCCACUCCAAAUUGGCUGAAGUUUAUAAAUUCAUAAGCGAUGACGAAGCUCUGUGAGAAAACAAAAAGAGGGCCAUGAAAAGAUUAUAAAAAAAAAGUGUGUGCGAAACACUCCAUGAUGUUUUUCUCCGUGAUUAUAUGACUUGGAACUUCUGUCAGUAUUUUAAAAUGGAAGACUGUUUCAUUUGUGUGUAAAAAUCUGAUAAUUUACUGAGAAGUUUGCAAGUUAAUGCUCUACAAACAUACACAUGUAUGAAGCCCCAAGAAUUAUAUAUACCAAAUUGUUUAGUGUAUAUUCAAGCAGUAUUUUAAAUAUGAAAUAUUUCAAAGUCAUCUCUUUGUUGACAGGCCUUCUACAAACUUAAGAGUGGAUCUCAGAAGGACUCACCCUGCAGAAAGGUCCAGAUUUGUACCAGUAUGUGUCGUGUAGUCCAAGUAAACCUCCCAGUCCUACUGUGAAGAAGGCUAAGAUAUCAAACAUCCAUUUAAGUUAUGAAAAAAGAAAUUCUAGUUGGAUGUAACAAAUUCACAUUUUUCCUAUAUAGAUUUUUAAUUUUAAGAAAAAUAAAUAAAUAAAUUGCAUUAUAUCACAAAAUCAAAUUGCAAUACUUAAUAAAUUCCAAAAUAUUAAUAAAUCACAGUUUAAUUGCAAUGUGACCCAAGAAUCAACAGAUGAUAUCAUGGGGUCUCCCCCCUUAAGAGUGCACAUGACUCCAAACGUUACACUUUGAAGGACGUCUUUAACCCUGGUGAUUUUUCUGUGUACCCCUAUAGAAUCCAGCAGUAAGAACAAACUGAGGAAACGGGGGUUUUGAUGCAAAGGCGGGCCAACCAUAAGCUAAGGAAACCGAGUCACAUAAUACCUUUGCUUUUAAAGUGUGUAUGAUAUUUUUGAUAACAUUUUACAUGGUAUUGAUAUUAAAGUAGCUUCAUUUCCACAGUCCAUAGCGAAAUGAUGACUAUUGCAUUGCCAUCUAUAACAAGCCAUGGAGUUGCGAUCGAGCUGGUGGAGCACUUCACUGCCAUGCCAAGUUGUGCAUCUUUGCCAAGAAUUAGCAGUUGUAAUUUGCGUUAAUUAGGCUGUUCCAGCAUGAGCAAGAAUAACAAAUAAGGACUUACUCCUUCAAGAAUGGGCACUUUCUGCUCGAAGCUUCAUCUUCUGUGCACAGAAUGACUCUGAAGGUUGAGCUUUCUUGGCUCAGCACCAGAGGCAAAUUGACUUUGAAUGUUUGCUUCAUGGGACUUAAUGUAAUGUUAUGUAAAGUUGCAUUGAAUUGCAUAUUUCUGCAGCAAGAUAUAGAGGAAAAAAUGAAUGAUAAAAUUAUUUCCAAGAAAUGUGUUGUUUAUAUGUAUAAAGUAUAUUUUUUGUACAGAGAGACAUAGUGGCCAAAUGUACCAUUGUAAUUUUCUUUUCACCAAACAAACUCCAGUGCACUGUUAAUUAAUUAAAAAGAACCCCAAUCUUUUCUAAAAAUUACAAAAAGUGAAAAAGGCAUUAAAAAGUAAUCCAAAAUGAAUUUAAUUAUACAAUACCUCUUGUUAUUGCACACUACGGAGGCUAGAGAAUGAAAAACAGUUCUUGCUGUUUAUUUGUGGAAAUUAUAAAACCAAUUUAAUCCGAGCAAUGUCAAGGUAAUAAGUGCAAUAUGGGUGUAACGGUGAAUGUGUAUUUUGUUUGAAAAGUCAUAAUUUACAAGGUUAUAAUAAUAAGAGUCUCUGAGAGUGUCUAAACUAAAAUCCAUUUGAAGCCAACCUCAAAUAGCUGACAGCAUAAGCAGCACAUAAUGUCUCCAACAUCUUACUCAAGCUGUUAAAGGACAGUAACUGUUAUUUGAUCAUUUCAAAACAAUAAUUACUAGCCUUCAAUGAAACCCUGAGUGCCUUACACAGCUUGAAAACAAAAAUGUUUAGCUUUCAUCGAGAAGCCUUUCAUCUCUGUAACUGAGGUGCAAGAUACCCUGGACAUUUUGGCAACCUGAUGCCAAACUUUGAACUGCACAGUGUCAGCACUUAAGUAGUUAGAUUACACUCGACAUUUUUAUGGAUUUAGUUUAGUCUCAGGAAAUCGUAUUAUAAAUAUUUGUAUUUAUUUGUAUUCAUGAUUGUUCCUUGUACAUUUUAUAUAAUGGUUCUAUUGUAAAUUUAUGCAAGAUAUAUAAAUAACAUAGAUCCUUGCAUUUGGCUAAACAGGUCAAAUGUAAACUAUUUUAAGUUAUCAAUAUUAUAUUCUCUUAAAACCCAUAUCCAAAAUAUGUACUGUUUAGUAAGUGAUAAAACUGUAAUUUGCAGCCCUUAAACCAGGACUAUUUGUUGAUCAGCUACAAAUUUUACACAUAUUUUUGUAUUGUGACCCAUGUAUAUUAGAUAUUUCUAUUCAUUUGUAAAAUACAUAUAAUAAUGUAAAUUUUUAAUAAAGCUUUGUUUUCCUGCUUCA